AUGGAGGUUCCAGCAGGGCAGAAUAAGCAGAAAGAGCAGGAUUUUUUGGUGGCUUCAAUUUCGCAGCUUUCGAUUUCGAACAGCACUUCACCGCAGGUGGUUGCGAAAUUCCACUACGACUCUGGAGUUGCGGAGCUCCGCUUCGACCCGGAAUCCGACUCGAAUGCCUCUGUUCACUUCGUUCUCCACACUUCUCGGCUUUUCAAGUUAAGUCCAUUUCAAUCAGUAUGUAUAUCUGAAGCUUCUGAAAUGGAUAAAGAGAAAAGCUAUUCCAGGGGAAUCUCCAUUCAAUUCAGAAAUGAGGAGGAAAGUAGGAACUUCCAUUGUGCAUUUGAGCAAUGGAAGAAGGAAGUGGUCGUUCAAGAAUCGGAUUUUCCAAAUGGGACAGUGUUAUCAUCUCAAAGCAAGUUUGAUGACAAAAUAGAGGCGUCAUCUGCUAAAAUGUACUUUCAUUACUACGGACAACUUCUACACCAGCAAAAUAUGAUGCAGGAUUACGUUAGGACAGGAACUUAUUACGCUGCGGUCAUGGAGAACCGUGUGGACUUUGCUGGCCGUGUAGUUGUUGAUGUUGGUGCUGGUAGUGGCAUUUUGUCAUUAUUCGCUGCUCAGGCUGGUGCAAGACAUGUUUAUGCUGUGGAAGCAUCAGAAAUGGCAGAAUAUGCUAGUAAACUUAUAGAUGGUAAUCCAUCUCUUGGCGAAAGGAUCACGGUCAUUAAGGGUAAGGUUGAAGAGGUUGAAUUACCUGAGAAAGCAGAUAUUUUGAUCUCUGAGCCAAUGGGCACUUUGCUAGUCAAUGAGAGAAUGUUGGAGUCCUACAUAAUUGCAAGAGAUCGAUUUCUUGUUCCAAAUGGAAAAAUGUUUCCAACUAUAGGAAGAAUACAUAUGGCGCCAUUUAGCGAUGAGUAUCUGUACAUGGAAAUUGCGAAUAAGGCUUUGUUUUGGCAGCAACAAAAUUAUUACGGCGUUAAUUUGGCUCCUUUGCAAAGUACUGCAUUCCAAGGAUACUUUUCACAGCCAGUGGUGGAUGCUUUUGAUCCUAGACUAUUGGUGGCUCCUGCAAUUUCCCAUGUGAUAGACUUCACUUCUGCAAAGGAAGAAGAAUUGUAUGAAAUUGACAUCCCAUUGAAAUUUGUAUCUUCCGUGGGCACCAGAGUCCAUGGUUUGGCUUGUUGGUUUGAUGUAUUGUUUAAUGGGAGCACUGUGCAACGGUGGCUUACCACUGCUCCUGGUGCGCCUACAACACACUGGUACCAGCUGCGUUGCGUUCUCGCCCAACCAAUUUAUGUGAUGCCUGGACAAGAAAUAGUUGGUCGACUCCAUAUGGUUUCCCAUAAAGCUCAGAGUUACACCCUUUACCUUACAUUGUCAGCUAAAAUGUGGGGCCCUGGUGCUGAGCAAGGAGGAAUACUCCAGACGUCAUCCGGAAAACUUGAUCUCAAAGAGCCCUAUUAUCGGUUGUCUCAACCACAGGCCUAUCCAUUGCCACAAGAUCAACAAUCAAAUCAGCUAUUACAAACACAGGAUAUACAAAUACAAGCUCAGGACGAAGAGGGGUCGGAUUUGAUGCAACAAACGCUACAGGAUUCUGGUGCCGAGCUACACUCACUCUGA